AAAAAGUCUCGCCUUCCGUUUGAGAAACCGCUGUUUUUAUAGAACCAUGUCAACACAAGAGAUUGAUAUAUCACAAUUCAAUACAGUAACAGAAGGAAAAGCAACGAUUCUUUUCCCAAAGAAUAAUGAAGUGUUUUAUAAUCCUGUUCAACAAUUCAAUCGUGACAUGUCUAUUGCUGCCAUUCGUACAUGGAGUGAAAUCUAUAAUAAUGAAAAGGCAGCACGUAUAGAAAAGAAAUUAGCUAGAAAUAAAGACGAAAAGUCAAGAAUAGCUCUUGAAAACACGCUGGAAAAGAUCAAGAAUUCAAACAAUUUUACCAUUCUUGAGGCAUUGGGCGCUAGUGGUUUAAGAUCUAUUCGUUAUGCCAAGGAGAUCCCCAAAUUAAAGCAGGUAGUAUGUAAUGAUAUCGAGCUUGAUGCUGUUGAAUCUAUCAAACGUAACAUGCAAUACAACGGUCUGACUGAGGACUUGGUAAAGCCUAAUCAUGGUGACGCCAUGCGUGUGAUGUAUGAGAAAGUUGGCACGGAUGAAAAAUUUGAUGUUGUCGAUCUGGAUCCUUAUGGAAGUGCGGCGCCUUUUGUUGAUGGUGCAGUACAGGCAGUUGCUGACGGUGGUUUGUUGUGUGUGACGUGUACUGACUUGGCUAUCUUGACUGGAUCAAUGCAUCCUGAAACAUGUUAUGGUAAAUAUGGAGGUAUGCCUCUGAAGGGUAUGUUUGCCCAUGAAAUGGCACUUCGCUUAGUCUUACAAAUGCUGCAAACAUCGGCGGGUCGAUACAAACGUCACAUUGUUCCUCUUGUCUCUUGUAGUAUUGAUUUCUACUUGCGUGUUUUUGUUCGCGUGUUCACAUCACCUCAAGAAGUCAAAAAGGCCGCUAGCAACAUGGCAAUCAUUUAUGAAUGCACAGGCUGUCACGCAUUCUCGGUGCAGCCUUUGGGCAAGAUUAGUGUGAAAGAUAACGGCUCAGAGAAACAUACACCAGGUACAGGUCCCGUUGUGAAUGGCUCAUGUGAGCACUGUGGCUAUAGGCAUCACAUCGGUGGCCCUACUUGGGGUACAAGUAUUCAUAAUGCAGAAUUUGUAGAAAAGAUGUUACAGCACGUCAAAGAGAAUGAGUCAGAAUAUGGUACGAGUGCACGUAUGAAAGGCAUGCUGACUGUCAUCAAGGAAGAAGUGAAUACACCCUUUUACUGGACCUUGGCAUCUCUCUGUGGUGCUCUUCACUGUAACAGCAUCCCAAUGAUCGAUCUUUACUCUGCCAUAUUGAAUGCAGGAUACAACGUAUCUUCAUCACACUGUGCGAAACAAUCUGUCAAGACGGACGCACCUGCAUCUGUCAUGUGGGAUAUAAUGAGGGCUUGGGUCAAGAAACAUCCUGUGGUCAUGAAGAAUAUUGCCGAGAACUCACCUGCUCGAACGAUUCUUGGCAAGGAACCUAGUAUCGAAGUCAACUUUACAAAGCACCCUAAAGCUGUAUCUCAAUCUAAAUCUGAAGGUUUGGUUCGUUAUCAAGUUAAUCCUACACCAAAUUGGGGUCCCAAGGCAAGAGCAGGACAAAAGAGAAAGACAGAAGAAUUGUCUUAGAUAAAGCCUUGUAUGCUUAUAAAUAAAAGAAAGAAAAAUACCUAUCG